AUGUGGGCAUACGGACUGCUACUGAGGCGGGGGAAACCGACGCCCCCGGCGGGGGAAACCGACGCCCCCGGCGGGGGAAACCGACGCCCCCGGCGGGGGAAACCGACGCCCCCGGCGGGGGAAACCGACGCCCCCGGCGGGGGAAACCGACGCCCCCGGCGGGGGAAACCGACGCCCCCGGCGGGGGAAACCGACGCCCCCGGCGGGGGAAACCGACGCCCCCGGCGGGGGAAACCGACGCCCCCGGCGGGGGAAACCGACGCCCCCGGCGGGGGAAACCGACGCCCCCGGCGGGGGAAACCGACGCCCCCGGCGGGGGAAACCGACGCCCCCGGCGGGGGAAACCGACGCCCCCGGCGGGGGGGACCGACGCCCCCGGGUCUCAGUGAUGUUCUAAGGCCUUCCAUGACAUCUUCCACUGAUCUGUGCCCGCAACUAUUGUUGCUAUGA